AUUCGCAUCGCACUGACUCAACACGUCUGCCUUAGUUUGCUCGGUGUUUUAAGCCAAAUUUUUUUCAUUUUUGGACACCGGAUAGCGUUACGUUGAGGCCGCGAUUGCCAGUGUGGGAAGGCUAGAAUUCAAGUGUGUUUGUAACGUGAUAGCUGAUCGUUAAUAGUUCGAAAUAAUGUCCCUGAUCGAAGGCGACGUCAAGUUAUCGCACCGUACCAGGAAACGCGUCCGGGAGGUCAAGCGGAAGGCUAGACCAGAACUAGCUGAUAAGGCUGCCUGGGUUCAACUAGAGUUCUAUAGAAAGUUUGAUAAAUUUCGAGAGUUCGAAGAUAAUGUAGACAGGAUUCACGUGAAAGAUGUAAGCCCGCAGGAAUUUAUCGAUCGUUAUGAGAGCUUGUACAAACCGGUCGUUAUUGAAGGGAUACAGGAUGGUUGGAAAGCGCAGUACAAAUGGACCCUUGAGCGGUUGGCGAAAAAGUACCGAAAUCAGAAGUUCAAGUGUGGCGAGGAUAACGACGGCUACAGCGUCAAAAUGAAGAUGAAGUACUAUAUCGAGUACAUGCGGAGUACGACAGAUGAUAGUCCGCUGUACAUUUUUGACAGUAGCUUUGGGGAGCAUCACCGUCGGAAAAAACUACUGGAAGAUUAUGAUAUUCCGGUAUAUUUCCGUGAUGAUUUAUUCAAGCACGCGGGAGAGGAGCGAAGACCACCAUACAGGUGGUUUGUCAUGGGUCCCGGCCGGUCCGGUACAGGGAUUCACAUUGACCCGUUGGGAACCAGCGCAUGGAAUGCUCUGGUUGUGGGUCACAAACGUUGGUGCUUGUUCCCUACCAAUACGCCAAAAGAGCUACUCAAGGUUACUGGAGCCAUCGGUGGGAAGCAACGCGAUGAGGCAAUUACUUGGUUUAAUUUAAUCUACCCGAAGACUAAACAGUUGGACUGGCCGAGUGAUUGUAAACCGAUUGAGAUCCUACAGAAACCAGGUGAAACAGUAUUUGUUCCUGGUGGUUGGUGGCACGUCGUGCUUAACAUGGAUGACACAAUUGCUGUGACGCAGAACUUUUGCAGUAAAACUAACUUCCCUGUGGUUUGGCAUAAAACGGUUCGCGGGCGGCCAAAGUUGUCCAAAAAAUGGUUCAAGGUGCUUCAGGAAUUGGAACCAGAUUUGGCAAAACAGGCGGCAAUGAUUGAUUUGGGUCAGAGUACCGGUGUGGCCUCUGAUAGCUCGAGCAACUCUAGUUCCUCGUCUUCCAGCUCGAGCAGUGAUGAAAGCGAUAGUGAUUCCAAUACCGACAGUGGACAGGAAUCUUUGUCGGCGCACAAGACAAAGAAGCGGCGAAAAACAGGCAGUGGUAUGAUGGCUUGAUUACUGCUGUAAAGGCUAAAAAACCUUUUUUUUCUGUUUCUGAACUGCGAACCAAUCACUUGAGAUUUAAAUAUUCUGCCUAGAUUGAUUGGAGUUUAGUGUUUUCAACUAAUGUUUAAGAUUUUGAUAAUUUUUAUUACAUGGUGAACGUAACGAGGAAAAUUGUCUGUAGAAUUACCAGUCGUGCAAAAUAAGUAAAAAGCAAGCCAAGUAUUAACAAUAAACUGAGAAUCACUAAUAUAAUAAUUUAUACGAUCUAGAAAUCAAUUGAAAGUGCGAGAUAAACGAUACAGGUGUAGCCAAAUUAGGGAAAGAGCAGCGGGUGCUGUUUUGCGAACGCUUAGGAUAGGACAACAAACAUUGAACCUCUCAAGAUACACAGAUAUCAGAUCAGCCUCAAUGGGUGCAAAAGUAACAGCAAUAACACUGUCUGCAUCAAAACUAGAACAAUUACUCGUGUUCAAUUGCCUUGGACCGGCGAAAAAGUAAGUUGCAUCAUCAAAAGAAGAAAUGUUAAAAUGAUAUGACGGUACUGUGCCUUGAGUAUAAUAGCAAAACUAAUUAAUCCAAUCUAGCAACCAGAAGCUGUAAUUAAUGAUCCGGUAAUGGAACCAGUUACAGUUGGAAUAACAAAAGUAUCAAUUGGAAUAGACUCGGAAGA